AUGAAGAUCGCCUUCUUCUCCACGCACAGCUACGACAUUGAGUCGAUGGAGCGCAUCGCCAAGGAGGACGGUGUGACCCCAACCCAUGAGAUCACGUUCCUGGUGCCGCGUCUAGACCACACGUCUGCCAAGUUGGCCGAGGGCUGCGAAGGUGUGUGCAUCUUCGUUAACGAUAUCGCUGAUGAGGAAUCUCUACGCGCCCUGCACGCUGGUGGCACCCGCGCCGUGUUCCUGCGCUGCGCCGGCUUCGAUAUGAUCGACCUCAAGGUCGCCAAGGAGCUCGGCAUGGUCGUAACCCGCGUGCCGGCCUACUCCCCAUACGCUGUGGCCGAGCACGCUGCUGCCUUGAUGAUGACGCUGAACCGCAAGAUCCAUCGCUCGUACAACCGCACACGCGAGCAGAACUUCCGUCUCGCUGGUUUGUUGGGCUUUGAUAUCAACGGCAAGACCAUCGGUGUUGUGGGUACGGGCAAGAUUGGAGCUCUGUUCGCUCGUAUCGCUGCUGGCUUCGGUGCUAAGGUGCUUGCCUACGAUGUAGUGCAGAACCCCGAAGCACUGAGCUAUGGCGUCGAGUACGUCAGCCAAGACGAGAUCUGGACCAGUGCUGAUAUCAUCUCGCUACAUGCGCCGUUUGAGUUCUAA